AUGCGAGACAAGUCGGACUAUCGCCUGCAGUGCAAGCUCUCCGGCAAGACUGGCGCCGUUCUGAUCCUGAAAGCUCGUGAUGACGGCAAAUAUCUUGCCAGUGGUGCCUUGAAUUCGAAUGGACCCAAGGUGUGGGACAUGAAGGAUAUGCAGCAAGUCGAGGUGGUAACCGUGACUUCUGAUCUCCGCGGCGCGACCACCAAACUCCAGUGGAUCAAGCGCGAGGACGACAUCGGCAAGGCUUUGAUAUACGGCACACAGAACGGCUUCAUAGUCUGCUGCCGCUUGGAGAGCACGGGGCAGGCGGCACCUCGCUUCCAGGAGAUAUGGAGCCGCCAGAUGAGCGCCCCGUGCGAGGUGACCGGACUUGCAUUUGACCCAGCUACGAAUCGCUUAGCCGCAUCCCACCGUGGCGGAGCCCUUCAGGUCUUCACACUGAACUCGGCAAUGGCUGAAAACGAGGUUUUCUCCGUCGUCAUUGAGCAGUGCGUUCCCGGGAGUUUGGCUUUCGGAGCGAUGAGCGGAAACGAGCGAGACCUGCUUGUAUUUGGGCUGUACUGUGGACUUGUCUCCGAUGUUGCUGUCGACCAGGCAAACGGUAUUCUGUGCUUGGGUGAUCCGUCCAGCGGCGUUCAUCUGUAUCGCCUGACGGGGAGGGAAUUGGUGAAGAGCUUCUCCGUGCCCAUCAAAAAGACGCGGCGCAUCCGCCAAGUGGCCUUGCUAGACUCAAACCGCGCCGUUGCAAGCGGGAGCAAUCAUGGAGUCAUCUACGUGUACAAUCGCCGGGACAAUGUGCUCACAAGAUUGCAAGUUGACCCGAAUGUGUGGAUGCAGACGGUUGCAACGGCAGAUGUGGCAGGAGUCCCAACGAUCUUUGCGGCCAAGUCGGGUGAAGUGAGCGGAAAAAACGACAUCUUCGUAUACCGCAAGACGCUAAUAACUCCCGACUUCAUGUCGAGACUUGGGAGCGCCGUUAGGCGAAUCGUCUGGCUCGUUGUCAUACUGGCAGCCAUGGCAUUCAUGUACGAGAAGGUUAUGGGUGCCAUUAAGAUUUUGAGGUAUGCCACCACCACCGGUGUCAAACGUUUGCCGUUGACACCGAACUUGUGCACUUAUGUCUGCCAUCGACGAAUGCCACCCUCACCACUAUAUACCUGCGAGCGAUGCCCCCUACACAACUUCCGCGAUCACAAAGUCUGGAAGCUAGAGCGAGUAUCUCACCAACUAGAGAUAUACCACCUUCAGACCUCUUCUGGAACUCAGACUGAGCAAGUGGCUACGUCUGAAAGCGAGAUAGUCGUCGACGACGACGCCCCGAACCAUGUACAGGAUGAUGCUGGAGCGAGCUCUGCAGAGACACCAGCAGACCCAUCCGUAGUAGAAAUUGAGAGGCUUGCAAGCCUCCUCACUGGCUUGGUCAUUCUGGACGAAGGCGAGCAGUCUCAUCCCGAGAUUCAGUCCAAGCUCUUCAGCUCUCGGGACGAUUUCCAAGCUAGUAUACCCGAAGUUCCAACGGAAUUCAUGCCCAUCUCCGUCCACCAAGCCCUCGGCGGCGUGGAAGCUGUGCUCAAAGCACGCUCUCUUCCGCUAUACCCGGCGAAAAUAGAGACUCAAGAGACAAAUAUAAAGCUCAUGGAAGAGAUGCUGCAGCGGAUCCGCGCGGCUUAUACCGAAGUCGAUAUCCAACGCGCUUUUGACGAGAGUUCUGAUACGGUUGAUGCGCUAGCUAGCGCCGUCCGUUCUGCGAGUCUCCUCGUCACUGAGUCUGGUCGUCUUCUCUCAAGUCUGAAGCCCUCAGAUAAGAUAAGCCCAAGGAAGCGGCCCAAGGUGAAAACUCGAGCAGACGAGAAGAUUGCGACGUUGUCGGAAAAAGUGCGAGCAGAGGCUGCGAGCCUCGACUCGCUCAUUGAUGUCGUGGGCGGGCUUCUUCCUCCACCAACCCAUGAGGUCGAGCACAGUUCUGGUAUGCAUUUCUUUGUGAUAUAUUCUUCAGUUUGCUUACAGUCUUACCCAGAUCACCAUUAUGAAAACCCUAUCGCGAAAUAUGAUGUUAUCACCCAACUCUCCAUCCUCCUAGCGCUCAUCUGCCAUGUCAUCAUCGGGAUCAGUGCCGACCCCGUCGACGUUAUCAUCGCGUUCGUAAAUGCAAUCAUACAAGCGACGAUGGCGCUCAGUGCCCACGGUGGGCAAGCACAACCGGCACAGGAGUAUGUGCUCAACCAGCUCCCUACAUCCCUGGAAUCUGCGCUUCGGAGGUUCAAGAUUGACCCCACCACCACCAUCUAUGCGACUUGCCCGUCCUGUCAUCACACACACGCGCCACUGGACACUCGAAUCAUGGCGGAAGCUUCAUACUCAGAGGUCUGUCAAGGCUAUGUGUAUCCUCAGCGAGGUGCGCGCCAUGCUUGUAGAACCCCAAUUCUCGAAUGUCGCCAAGGAAAGUUGAGGCCCGUCAAGCCUUUUGUCUUCACCUCCCUCAUCGAUUAUAUUGCUGCAAUGCUUUCCGACCCCGAGAUUGAAAGGAUGUGCGACGAGGCUUGUGAUGAUGCACUGGCGGCGGUGCGCGAAGCUCUUUCAAAGAAUCCCGAGGCACCUGUGAUGGAAGACCAUGUCAAUAAUGUCUUCGAGGCAGCGUUUAUGCGCAGCUUCAAAGGCCCCAUUCCCAACAAACUGUUUGUUGAGAGGGAAGGUCGUCUGAGGCUCGCCUUCCAAGUUAUGCUCGACUUUUUCAACCCGAACGGGACAAGGAAGUGUGGAAACCACAAUUCCAUUGGAAUCCUGGCACUCGUCAAUCUUAACCUCCCCGAGAAUAUCCGCUAUCGCCCAGAGAACAUGUGGCUCAGCAUCAUCCUCGGUCCCAAUGAGCCCAAUUCUGACCAAAUCGGCAAUUACAUCCGCCCUCUCAUUGACAUGUUCGUUGUUGGAUGGGACCGAGGAAUCCGACUGUCUCGCACUGUGCUCCACCCGACUGGUCGCGGUCUGGAUCUCGCGCUUGUCAACACCGUCAAUGACUUACCUGCAACUCGAAAAGCGCAAGGCAUGGCUGCUGCGACCUCGAAUCAUUACUGUUCAAUCUGCGAAUGCUGGGGCGUUCAUUCCAUGUAUGAUACGGAAUAUCACAAGUGGAAGCCACGCGAUAUCACGGUCCUGCGUGCCCAGGCCUUUGCAUGGCGAGAUGCACCCAGUCAGGUGGCUAGAGAUGUCAUCUUCUCCCAGUAUGGAGUUCGUUGGUCUGAGUUCUGGCGUCUCCCGUACUGGGACCCCACUCGCAUGGCUGUUGUGGAUGCUAUGCACUGUAUUCUCGAGGGUCUUGUUCAUUACCACUGUCGUCGAGUCCUACGGAUAGAUACCAAGUUAGCCAAGCGCAAAGAGACGAUGGGCGCAGCUUUUGAGCAUGAUUGGCCAGAUUAUGAUGCUGCAGUAUGCCUUCCGAUCUGCUUAUUGCGAACUGAGGCAAGAGAAUUGCCCAUGAUCCGCGUCAUCCAGCAAAAGCUUGUUCAGCCAUUACUUGCAGAUGAAGAUGACACCGCGGAUGAUCCAGAGGCCAUGGAUAACAAUGUCGAAAUGGCUCAUGUCCUCGAUCCUCAGUUUAUCCCGGCAAUAAGCAUUGAUGAGUUGCGCCAGCAGCUCAUGAGGGCUAAUCUCCAGCCGCUUCGCUGGGUCGUCUUCUCACUUGGGCUGAACACAAGCACCAACUGCAUUGCGUCGAAGCAGGCAUGUUGUGAUCAACUGCUCGCAUGGCGCCGCACCAAGCCACUCACCAGCAACACAUUUAUCCCCCGGUCCAUUAACCUUGCCAACAUCCAUUUCAUCCAGCGCGUCAUUAAAGACACUACCACUCCUGCUUGGGUGGAUUCCGUUCCGUUGAACUACGGUGAUAGCCAUGCGGGGACAAUCAAGGCAGCGGAAUGGCGGAUCUUGGCAACGAUCUAUCUGCCGAUUGCUCUGGUCAUCCUCUGGGGUGACCAGGAUCAGUCGCCACGCAUGCUCCCAAUACUGGAUCAUACAAUGGCGCUGUUCUCGGCAGUCAUCCUAGUCUGCCGAUACACUAUGACUCCUUCCCGGGCUUCCAAAUAUCGAUCAUUUCUGAGGCAAUGGGUGGAUGGUCUCGCAGCAAAUCAUCCCCAUACUCGGGCUCAUGCUAUGCGGCCCAAUGUCCACAUGGCCUUCCACAUCUAUGACUUCCUCAUACUCUUUGGUCCCGUUAUCUCUUGGUGGACUUUCCCUUUUGAACGUCUAAUCGGGUUUCUCCAAAAGAUCAACACCAAUGAUCAUAUCGGUGGCGAACUUGAAGCCACUUUGUCCAAGUCUUUCAUGCGGGGAGCCAGUAUCCGCCGAUGGUUGCGACGGCCUGACUGCCCUCCUGUUUUCUUUGAGCUGAAACUCCUCUUCGACAAAACAUUUCCGUCUUACAAUUUACCCACUGAUUCUCCUCCACUUGCCAAGGAUGGUGAACGAGCCCAGUACAAACGAAACAGUGUUAACUUUGCUCGAGCUAGGACGCACCUAGGCAACAGUCUUGUCAUGUAUUAUCCUCCUAGCUCACGCAAGAUGAUUGCAGGAAGCAUCCAGAAGAUUGUUCAGCGUGGGGAACAAGUUGUCUUUGAGAUCAGACGGCAAACACCUCUAGCCCACGGGAUGCAUGAUCCGUUUGCUUCAUACAGACCAUUCUUUCCAGCUCAUACGUACUCGUCGUCCAUGAGUGAUAUCAUUGAUACUGUACCGAUAGACGAUGUGAUAUCCCACUGUGCUCGAUUCAACUUCUCUAAUAAUCGUUGUGUAAUUCUAAAUCUUUCUGCCAGUUAG